GCGCUGAUGGCGCUGCUCGAGUGCCCCGUGUGCCGGGACUUCUUGCAGCCGCCCCUCAAGCAGUGCUCCAACGGGCACGUCGUCUGCUUCGCCUGCUGGCCGCGCCUGGCCCUGUGCCCAGCCUGUCGUGCCCCGUUCAUCCCCACGGCGAGCCUCACCCUGGACGGCAUCCUCAGAACGCUGAGGUUUCCCUGUCCGAACAAGGAUCACGGCUGCAGCCUGUCCUUGAGGAUGGAUGCCCGACCCGGUCACGACCAGGUGUGCCCCUUCCGGCCGCGGGGCUGCCCGAUGGCGCGGUGCGAGUGGCAGGGGCUGGCGGACGCCCUGGCACCCCACUGCCGCGCGGCCCACUCCCCGAUACACGUGGACCGUCACGUGGCCGUCAGCGUCCCCUUCCAGGUGGACAGGGGAGCCUCGACCCUGGACGGCGUCCCGACCAUCGUGCACCACGAGCAGCGCCUGUUCAGCCUGAGCGGUGUCAACCAAGGGGAAGGGCAGAUUUUCCUCUUCCAGUCCCGUUACGAUCUCUGGCGAUCUAAGUUCUUCGCCGAGAUGAUCCGCGUCGCAGGCGAGCCCCACGAAAGCAAGUGAGUUGAGCUUUGGUGUUCUAAUGGCCGUUCUUACACUUAAAGGUAGUGAAUGU